AUGAGACAGAUGAAAACUGUAGGUUUGGAGACUUUUGAGGGAACAGUAGACCCUGGAGCGGCCUAUAAGUGGAAGCAUAGGUUGGCUUCGUGUCUGCAGACAAUCAAUUUUCCGUUGCGCCUUUGUCUUAAUAUAGCAGAGUUGUAUCUGCGUGGAGAUGCAUUGGUAUGGUGGGAUGGAGUGCGAUCGAUGCGUGAUGGCGACAUGGCUUAUGAGGAUUUCCUCAUUGCAUUCGACAAGAAGUACUUUCCUAGAGAAGCGUUGCACCAGAAGAGGAAUGCUUUUGAGCAUCUGAGGCAGGGUACUAGGAGUGUCAGGGAGUACGAGCGAGAGUUUUGCCAGCUCCGCUUGUUUGCUGGUAAUCAUUUUGAUGGAGAGGACUUGAUCAGGAGGUUCUUAGAUGGUAUGCGAGUCGAUCUCCGUGGCAGGUGCAGUAUGGUUACUUACACCAGUUUGGAGGAUCUGGUGGAGAAGGCUGUUGUGCAGGAGGCAUGUAUUGCAGAGGAGAAAAAGUACUCUAAGGCUCCACCUAAGACUGGAAGGACUUCAGAGCCACAAAAGAGAACAUGGGAACAGUUGGGAGCACCUAGUUGCGACAAGUGUCGUCGCCAUCAUUUUGGAGAGUGCAUCAUGUGCUUCAACUGUGGGAAGAUGGGACAUAAAAGUAGGGAUUGUCGGAGUAGGCCAUUUGGUGCGCGGGGAGUAGCACCAGCAGCACCAGCAGCAUCAGCAGCACCAGCAGCGCAGGCAGCACCAGUAGCACAAGGAGCGCAGGCAGCACCAGCUGCAGCAUACGCACCAGGAGCUUGCUUCACUUGUGGCCAGUUUGGCCAUAUCUCCAAGUUUUGCCCGACUAAAGGGCCUGGGGCCAAGCGUCAAGCCAUCACUCCGCGUGUUUAUGCUCUAGGAGAGGCCAAUGGAGCUGAGCCAAUAGCCGGAUCGGUUUCUGUUGGAGGUGAGGUAGCUCACACUCUACUCGACACAGGAGCUUCUCACAGCUUCGUGAGUUCGCGUUUGGCUAAGUCUUGGCCUUUUCGAGGUGUCUUUGAGCCGAAGGUUAAGCAGAUUCGGACGGCCGGUACUGAGAAAUUGGCAACCACUGGCGUUCACUGA